GGGGAAAAAGUGCACGGCGCCCCGGCCAGCUCCGCACUCCUCGUCCCCGCGGCUGGUGCAGGACCUCACUCGAGCGCGGCGCCCACGAGGAGCGGGUCGCGGGGCGGCGGCGGCGAGGAGCAGGCGGCGGCCGCGGCCCGGAGGAGCUGGAGGAGGAGGAGGAGGGGGCGAGGGCAGGCGAGCCGAUCGGGGGUCCCGGCCGCCCCGCGGGCCAAGGUCGAGCUCUCCCCGCGCGGGGGCGAGGGCGCCCACAGACCCCUUCCCGAGUAGCCCCCGCCACAAAGGAGAGAGCCGGCGACGAGCUCCCCAUGACCUCCUAGAGUUGUGCGGUCGCCGCUGAGUCCGCUGCCCGGGCCGUGCCCCGCGCCCCCCGUGCGUCCCCCCCGCGUCCCCGUGCGCGCCGACCCGCGUCCCGCCGGCAUGGACGUCCACACCCGCUGGAAAGCGCGCAGCCCGCUGCGCCCCGGCGCCCCGCUGCUGCCCCCGCCGCCGGUGCUGCUGCUGCUGCUGCUGCUGUGGGCGCCGCCUCCGAGCCGCGCAGCUCAGCCAGCAGAUCUCCUGAAGGUUCUAGAUUUUCCCAGUUUGCCUGAUGGAAUAACAAAGACGACAGGUUUCUGCACAACACGGCGUUCCUCCACGGGACCCGAUGUUGCCUACAGGGUCACGAAAGAUGCUCAGCUCAGUGCGCCCACCAAGCAGCUAUACCCUGCGUCCGCGUUUCCCGAGGACUUCUCCAUCCUCACCACUGUGAAAGCCAAGAAGGGCAGCCAGGCCUUCCUGGUCUCCAUCUACAAUGAGCAGGGCAUACAGCAGAUUGGCCUGGAACUGGGCCGCUCCCCCGUCUUCCUCUACGAGGACCACACGGGGAAACCCGGCCCCGAAGACUACCCCCUCUUCAGGGGCAUCAACCUGUCGGACGGCAAGUGGCACAGAAUUGCUCUCAGCAUCCACAAGAAAAACAUCACCUUGGUCCUGGAUUGCAAAAAGAAGAUCACCAAGUUCCUGGACCGCAGCAGCCACCCCGUCGUCGACGUCAACGGCAUCAUUGUGUUCGGCACCAGGAUUCUGGACGAGGAAGUGUUUGAGGGUGACAUCCAGCAGCUGCUCUUCGUCUCAGACCACCGGGCGGCUUACGACUACUGCGAGCAUUACAGCCCUGACUGCGACACGGCAGUUCCCGACAAGCCCCAGUCUCAGGACCCCAACCUCGACGAAUAUUACCCGAUAGGAGAGGGCGAAGGAGAGCCCUAUUACUACGAAUACCCCUACUACGAAGACCCCGAUGGCCAGGACAAAGGGCCCACCCCCACCCCGAAGCCAGUGGAAGCUGCUAGAGAAACCACGGAGAUCCCUGAGGAGCCGACCCUGCCCCCCACGCAAGCCCCGACUGUGCCUGAGGCCAGCGAGGGGCCCGGCAAGGAGCUCGACCCCGGCCUCGGCGACUACGAUUACCUGCCCAGCGAGGACUACUACACGCAGGCCCCCUACGAGGACAUCGGCUACGGGGAGGGCGUGGAGAACCCCGACCAGCCCACCGACCCCGGGGCGGGGGCCGAAGUUCCCACCAGCACCGUCCUCACCUCCAACUCCUCCGACCCAGCCCCGAAUCCAGAGGAUGGGAAGGAUGACUUCGAAGGGGAGUUCACUGAAGAGACCCUCCGGAACCUCGACGACAACUACUACGACCCCUACUUCGAUGCCACCGCCUCGCCGUCCGAGGUGGGACCGGGGAUGCCGGCGAACCAGGACACCAUCUAUGAAGGGGUUGGAGGGCCACGGGGCGAGAAGGGUCAGAAGGGAGAACCAGCCAUCGUCGAACCAGGCAUGCUCUUGGAGGGACCGCCCGGCCCCGAAGGCCCUGCCGGUCUUCCAGGACCUCCAGGGACCAUGGGUCCCACUGGCCAAGCCGGGGACCCCGGAGAGAGGGGCCCCCCUGGACGCCCGGGCCUCCCUGGAGCAGAUGGCCUGCCCGGCCCCCCUGGGACCAUGCUCAUGUUACCAUUCCGGUUCGGAGGGGGUGGCGAUGCUGGCUCCAAAGGCCCUAUGGUCUCGGCCCAGGAGUCGCAAGCCCAGGCCAUUCUGCAGCAGGCCCGGUUGGCGCUGAGGGGACCGGCCGGCCCGAUGGGUCUGACGGGGCGGCCCGGCCCCAUGGGCCCUCCUGGGAGCGGCGGUUUGAAGGGCGAGCCUGGAGACUUGGGACCUCAGGGUCCCCGAGGUGUGCAGGGCCCGCCUGGCCCCACGGGAAAGCCUGGAAGGAGGGGACGAGCUGGGAGUGAUGGUGCAAGAGGAAUGCCCGGGCAAACUGGCCCCAAGGGUGACCGCGGUUUCGAUGGCUUGGCUGGCUUGCCGGGCGAGAAGGGCCACAGGGGCGAUCCUGGUCCCUCCGGCCCGCCAGGACCUCCAGGAGAUGACGGAGAAAGGGGUGAUGAUGGAGAAGUCGGGCCCAGGGGGCUGCCUGGGGAGCCGGGGCCGCGUGGGCUACUUGGACCGAAGGGGCCCCCAGGGCCUCCUGGGCCUCCCGGUGUGACGGGUAUGGAUGGACAAACGGGCCCGAAAGGAAAUGUGGGUCCCCAAGGCGAACCCGGCCCCCCAGGGCAGCAGGGCAGUCCCGGUGCCCAGGGUCUUCCAGGCCCCCAGGGCGCCAUCGGGCCUCCAGGAGAGAAGGGUCCUCUGGGGAAGCCAGGGCUCCCCGGGAUGCCUGGUGCCGACGGACCCCCGGGGCACCCCGGCAAAGAAGGCCCUCCGGGAGAGAAAGGAGGCCAGGGUCCUCCUGGCCCCCAGGGUCCGAUCGGCUACCCGGGUCCCCGAGGAGUCAAGGGGGCCGAUGGCAUCCGCGGUUUGAAGGGCACAAAGGGCGAGAAGGGUGAAGACGGCUUUCCCGGAUUCAAGGGGGACAUGGGCAUCAAGGGAGACCGGGGGGAGAUUGGACCACCUGGCCCCAGAGGAGAAGACGGCCCCGAGGGCCCUAAGGGUCGCGGGGGCCCGAACGGCGACCCUGGGCCACUGGGCCCACCUGGGGAGAAGGGCAAACUUGGAGUCCCCGGAUUGCCAGGCUACCCGGGAAGACAAGGACCGAAGGGCUCUAUUGGAUUUCCUGGAUUUCCCGGUGCCAAUGGAGAGAAGGGCGGCAGGGGGACGCCUGGAAAGCCCGGACCACGAGGGCAGCGAGGCCCCACGGGCCCGCGGGGUGAAAGAGGCCCACGGGGCAUCACUGGGAAGCCGGGUCCCAAGGGCAACUCUGGAGGUGAUGGCCCGGCCGGCCCUCCAGGUGAACGGGGACCCAACGGACCUCAAGGACCCACGGGAUUCCCUGGACCCAAAGGCCCCCCUGGUCCCCCAGGCAAGGAUGGGCUCCCAGGACACCCUGGACAGAGAGGCGAGACUGGUUUCCAAGGCAAGACUGGCCCUCCAGGCCCCCCAGGUGUGGUCGGCCCUCAGGGUCCCACAGGGGAAACUGGCCCGAUGGGCGAGCGCGGCCACCCCGGGCCACCGGGUCCCCCUGGCGAGCAGGGGCUCCCGGGCCUGACAGGAAAAGAAGGGACGAAGGGUGACCCAGGCCCUGCUGGCAUCCCUGGGAAAGAUGGCCCUCCGGGAUUACGUGGCUUCCCCGGGGAUCGAGGGCUUCCCGGCCCAGUGGGAGCUCUUGGACUGAAAGGCAGCGAGGGCCCCCCCGGCCCGCCAGGACCCGCGGGGUCUCCAGGGGAGCGAGGUCCAGCUGGAGCUGCAGGGCCCAUCGGAAUUCCGGGGCGACCCGGGCCCCAGGGGCCUCCAGGGCCUGCUGGAGAGAAAGGCGCCCCCGGUGAGAAAGGUCCGCAAGGCCCAGCCGGCCGGGAUGGUCUCCAGGGUCCCGUGGGGCUCCCCGGCCCGGCUGGUCCCGUGGGCCCCCCUGGAGAAGAUGGCGACAAGGGAGAGAUCGGAGAGCCAGGACAGAAGGGGAGUAAGGGGGACAAGGGCGAACAGGGUCCCCCCGGGCCCACGGGUCCUCAAGGCCCCAUCGGACAGCCAGGCCCUGCCGGGGCUGACGGCGAGCCCGGUCCUCGAGGCCAGCAGGGCCUUUUCGGGCAGAAGGGUGACGAAGGUCCAAGAGGUUUUCCCGGGCCCCCUGGGCCGGUGGGGCUGCAGGGCUUGCCGGGGCCUCCUGGGGAGAAGGGCGAGACGGGAGAUGUCGGCCAAAUGGGCCCUCCCGGUCCCCCUGGCCCCCGAGGACCCUCCGGAGCCCCAGGUGCUGACGGGCCCCAAGGCCCCCCGGGAGGCAUCGGAAAUCCUGGCGCCGUGGGCGAGAAGGGCGAGCCUGGGGAAGCCGGCGAACCUGGCCUUCCGGGAGAGGGGGGUCCUCUGGGACCCAAAGGAGAGAGGGGAGAGAAGGGUGAGUCAGGCCCCUCUGGUGCUGCCGGACCCCCUGGACCCAAAGGCCCUCCUGGAGAUGACGGCCCCAAAGGCAGCCCGGGCCCCGUCGGUUUUCCUGGAGAUCCUGGUCCCCCCGGAGAGCCCGGCCCUGCGGGUCAGGAUGGCCCGCCCGGUGACAAAGGUGAUGACGGCGAACCUGGGCAGACGGGAUCCCCGGGCCCCACUGGAGAGCCGGGGCCCUCUGGGCCUCCGGGAAAAAGGGGCCCCCCUGGUCCCGCAGGCCCUGAGGGCCGACAGGGAGAGAAAGGAGCCAAGGGAGAAGCCGGCUUGGAAGGCCCUCCUGGGAAGACUGGCCCCAUCGGCCCCCAGGGGGCCCCCGGGAAGCCUGGGCCCGACGGCCUGCGCGGGAUCCCCGGCCCCGUGGGUGAACAGGGUCUGCCAGGAGCCCCCGGCCCGGACGGUCCCCCCGGCCCCAUGGGUCCCCCAGGACUCCCCGGCCUCAAAGGAGAUUCUGGUCCCAAAGGUGAAAAGGGCCACCCCGGCUUGAUUGGACUCAUCGGGCCGCCCGGCGAGCAGGGUGAAAAGGGUGACCGCGGACUGCCCGGCCCACAGGGCUCGUCGGGCCCCAAGGGAGAGCAGGGUAUCACUGGUCCCUCCGGCCCGAUCGGCCCCCCAGGGCCCCCUGGCUUGCCGGGCCCUCCCGGUCCCAAAGGUGCUAAGGGCUCCUCGGGUCCAACCGGCCCGAAGGGGGAGGCAGGCCACCCGGGACCCCCCGGCCCACCUGGCCCCCCGGGCGAGGUCAUCCAGCCCCUGCCGAUCCAGGCUUCCAGAACGCGGCGGAACAUCGACGCCAGCCAGCUGCUUGACGAUGGGAACGGCGAGAACUACGUGGACUACGCUGAUGGCAUGGAGGAGAUCUUUGGCUCGCUCAACUCGCUCAAACUGGAGAUUGAGCAGAUGAAGCGGCCCCUGGGCACGCAGCAGAACCCCGCCCGCACCUGCAAGGACCUGCAGCUCUGCCACCCCGACUUCCCGGACGGCGAAUACUGGGUGGAUCCCAACCAGGGCUGCUCCGGGGACUCCUUCAAAGUCUACUGCAACUUCACGGCCGGUGGCUCCACGUGUGUCUUCCCCGACAAGAAGUCCGAGGGGAGUAAAAUGGCCCGCUGGCCCAAAGAGCAGCCCUCCACCUGGUAUAGUCAGUACAAGCGGGGCUCCCUGGAGCUCCUGGCGGCACCUGGACUUGCGCUCUCCUACGUGGACGCCGAUGCCAACCCGGUGGGCGUGGUCCAGAUGACCUUCCUGCGGCUGCUGAGCGCCUCUGCCCAUCAGAACGUCACCUACAACUGCUACCAGUCGGUGGCCUGGCAGGACGCCGCCACGGGCAGCUACGACAAGGCCAUCCGCUUCCUGGGCUCCAACGACGAGGAAAUGUCCUACGACAACAACCCCUACAUCCGCGCCCUGGUGGACGGCUGUGCUACCAAGAAAGGCUAUCAGAAGACCGUCCUCGAGAUCGACACCCCCAAAGUGGAGCAGGUGCCCAUCGUGGACAUCAUGUUCAAUGACUUCGGUGAAGCGUCACAAAAAUUUGGGUUUGAAGUGGGGCCGGCCUGCUUCAUGGGCUAGAGGCAACGGAGCGGCCGGUGAGCAACGCGUAACCUCAGGCCGCGCUCGCGAGCGGCGUGCACAUCCCAACCCCGACCGUGAAGGUUCCCGCCCCUCUCGCCCGACUUCAGCUGCGCCCGGCGCCCCCGGCCCGGACCCCAAACGCGGGAGAGCAACGGGAGAGAGCCGUGUCCCCCGACCGGAGCCAAAUCACAUGACCUAGACGCAUCCCAGCCUCGGGGGGCCGCGCUCAGGGAGCCCCCGUGCCACCUCCUCGGGCCCGGCCGCCCCGCAUGCCACAGGCCGUGCUCCCUACCGCCGAGCUCGACCCGCUGCCCUCGGGGACCGCUCGCAGGGGAGGCUGCAGUAUUUGGACAUCCUUGCUCUUUUAAUUCAACUUGAAGAUAUGUGUUUCCCCUGACCUUCAAAGAGCGUUCCAGGCGGGCCUUGCAAAGGUCAUCCCGCCGCAGCCAGAGCCUCCGUUUUUAACAGCCCUCCACGCGAUCCAUGUGGAGCCAAAUGUCACCCCACAUGUGCCUUCCUGAGGGGUCACAGGUGCUUAUGUUUUCGUGAGUUUUAAGUAAAUAUUUGUAUUGUAGUGUUGUAAAUGUUCAGUGUCCUUGACUUUCAGUCCCAGGCUCCCGGGGCGCAUGGUGGAAGGUGUGCGUUCGGCACCGCAGUCCGGUUCCCUUCAGAGACGGGGACCCCACCCCCACCCUGAUCAAGAACGUGCAAUAAUUUGGAAACACCCCCUACCUCCCCACCCCACCCCGGGGCAGCAAGAUUCAGGCUGCCGUUGAAAAAGCAGCUGCCUGCGAGCCUUCUCGGACAAGUUUUGAUUUGCUCUGGAAUUUUUUUUUUUUUUUUUUAAUGGGGAGAAAAAAAAAUCCCCACCAAAUUUAUACUUUGCCUUUCCUCCCCACACUUAGAUGAAAAUGCAGGCUUAAAUUAAUUUUAAUUGCUUCCUUUUCCCACCUUUCUUCCUGCAGAGGCUGAUGGGAGGAUGCCCGGGGCAGGGAAACCACAUUUCUAUAGAUGAUAAUUCAAUGAAAAUUGGUGCUUCUUUUUACACUCCUCUCGUGGUGCUAUCUGUUGUAAGACCUCUCGAAGGCCGCACUGGGGAAACCUGGCCUUCCUCAUUCUCCCAGCCCAUUCCAUCCUGGUGGCCUUUGCCUCCACCCUGAGUUUUUGCCAAGGUCGCUGAGAUGGGUGCACGGCCCCUUCCCCGUCGCGGUGUGCGGGAGCCACCGGCCAGGUGGUGCUCGGGGAUCUGGCUGCCCCCGAUCAUGGGGUACGGGGUGGUGCCGCCUCGGCUCAAGGGCACACACGCCAAGUGAGCAGACUUCCUGGGUUGUGUCUGGUGUGCAAGCAGAUUGUGCUCCGUUGCCGAGUGUUUGUGGUGCUAAUUUUUCGUUUGUUCCAAGAACUGAAUUGAGACUGUCGAGCUGUCCCCUGGGUGGUCUCAGCUGGGCUGCCGUCAACGCAGCCCCGGCAGACAGACGUGUGCAACCAACUCCGAGCCUCCCGGGGCUGCCGGGAGCUCUUCCUGCCCACCUAAACAAUUUGGAUUUCCAUCUGCAAAUGUCCCAGGGCUCGGGUUCCAGCAGCCCUGGAGCUCAGUGCCCGGCACAGCUGCCUUCUCCUCGGUCCCUGGGCGGGGGGCGCCUUCCGAGGGCCGGAGGACCCCGGGGGCCUGCGAGGAAACGCGCUCCCUCACUGUGAAAAGUCACCUCCUUCCGAGCUGGGAAAGCACGUCGGGCCUGCGCCACUUUGGUGCUGUCCUCUGCCCACCGCGCCCUCCUCAGACGGCGGUCCCGGCUUCAGAAACCACCGCUGGGCCCCCCGGGAGUGAACCAUCGCCACCCUUCCCUGAAGGUCUGAACGAAGCAAGUCUUGCACUUGCCAAAGAAAAGUCUGAGAUUCCUUCGAGCGCAGAACACCGGCCGUGUCCAGCCCCGUGUGUGUCCAUCUCCUGGGAAGGAGAGCCGUGGCGGCCGCGCGGCGCCCGAGGAGCCGGUCUAGGUCAUGUGAUUUGGUUACAGUUUCCGCCACGCCUCACUGGUCUUUACUCUGUCAUCUGCUCCCCCUGUCGGCCCCGUCGAAGUCGUUGUAAUUUGUUUUGAAGUUCAAAACUUGUCCCGUUCUCCCCAGACUGCCUUAGCUACAGUGUAUUGCAAUAAAAUUACUUCUUAUAUUUGCA